UGAUACCUGUCAAGUCGCUUAAUAAACAACAUAUGCUGACGUAAACACACUAUACGAUAAAUAAAAUGAGUCACAUUGUCGACCAUCCGUUAUCAGUACAGAUAGCAACCCAACUAUAGUACACAACCACAAAAACACCAAAAUUAAAAAAUCUUAUCAUGUCAUAGUAAACAAUAUUUGAGGUUAGUAAAUCAUGUUUAAUACCCUAAAAGGCUUAUUGCAUGCGGGCAAGCAAAUCAUAAAUGAAGAAACCACUCCUACAGACCUAUACAACGUUAAUCCAAAUAUCGGAGCUGAGAUAUUAUCUCACUAUCAACAGGAAUGGGCUGAGAUACAUAAACAGAGUGAAGAAAAUGCAUCAGCUGCUAAUCAUGUAGCUGAUGAAAUUGAAAAGGUUUAUUCUAAAGUAUUAAAGGACCACGAGAAUUUACAGAAAACAAUGAGUUUCUUAUCUGCAACAGGAAGUUUAAAGCUCCAAAUUGAUCAUUGUUUAAUUCAAAUUGAUGGGUUGUACAAUGAUUUUGAUAGGGCUGAGAAAAGUUUGAUGUCUUUAGAUGAUCUAAUUGACAAAGUUGAAUUGGAACACAAGAAAAUUGAUCAUAGACACCAAUUGGCUUUGUAUAAAGAAAAGAAAUUAGUUAACUUAGAAAAUGCAAGAUCUAAUUUAGCAUCUAAACAUGCCCAAAAUGUUAUUGAGCACGAGUUGAAACAAAGACAGCUUUUAAAAGAAAGGCAACAGGUUUUUCAAGAGGCAUUCAAAAGAGAUUUGGAAACCUAUAAAAGUCUUGGAACAAUUCCUAAAAUAGAAGUAACUAAUAAUCAAGCAAGUGCCUUAGAAGAUAUACAACUGGAAGUGGAUAAAGAGGCGUUGGAUCAAUUUUUGGAUGAUAAAAAUCAAAAAUAAAAAAUAUAUUUUUGUAUAUUAUUAGGAAAUAAAUUAAAACACCAAAAGUUUUUACUGUUAAAUGAAUAUUGUUGUAAUUUUGUAUUAUUACUGUUUUUUUUUUUUAAUUAUGAAAUGAUCACAAUACAAAAUAAACUUAAAAAACCUAAAUAAAAAUUUACAAUGGUAAUUAAUCAUUUAAUGAUAUAAAAUAUUUACAACUUUGAACGAGAUCUCGAAAUAAUACGAUUUAAUUAAA